AUUCGAAACAUUGGCAACACAGCAACGUACUGUCAUGGUGGAGUCUCCUUUUGUGCUGUGACCUAGUUAGUAAACUUCCUUGGCCAUUUUGUCUGCGAAUCUCGAUUGUAAAAUCUCAUGCCAAAUCCGAACAAAACGCUCUCUUUCAGUUUAUUAAACGUAUUUUAUUGAUAUCGCCGCCAUUUUAGUAAUUGCCCCUACCCUGUUCACGGUUUAGAACUGGGUAUUGUUCGUUUGUGUAGGCCUACUCCCACCCUUCCCUGUUGGUCCGUGUUCCAGGGGGGCGACAACGUAAUAUUAUUUGACUGGAUUUCAAAUUGAAUUAUACACGCUGUAUAACAUUUUCUUCUCAAAUAACCAUAAACUGCAGUGAGUUAUAUUGUGUCAUGGCAGUGCUGACGGGCUACCAGUGUUUUAAGCAUCACUAAAAUGUGGCUCUAUUGAGUGAAUUUUAAAGGUGUUCCACUGUGAUCUUUUACACACAAAGAAACAUUUUAUCAACUUAAAGUGUCAAACAUCCAAAUCAGCUGCUCACUUUUAUUGGUACAAUGGGCUCCAGCAAAAACAUUCCUAUGGAUAAGGUCAAUCUGAGACUGAUUCUUGUCUCUGGCAAGACUAAAGAGUUUCUUUUCUCUCCUGAGGACUCUGCUUCAGAGAUCGCACAGUUUGUUUUUGACAAUUGGCCAGAAGAAUGGAAUGAAGAAGGUGUGUCAAGAGCAGAGAUACUUCGCUUGAUAUACCAGGGUAGAUUUUUACAUGGAAAUGUAACCUUGGGAGCAUUGGGUCUACCGCCCGGUCGCACUUCAGUAAUGCAUCUCGUUCCACGAGAAACUCUACCUGAACCUAAUUCUCAAGAUCAACGACAAAAAAGUAAAAGUGGACGCAGUAGCUGCUGUUCGAUUUCCUGCGCCAUUCUCUAGAAGGAAGGUAGAUCGGGACAUCAAUGGUUUUGAAUUUCAUAUAAAAAUGAUUGUUUUAUCCCUAUCACCCCUUAAAAAAAUGUUGAAGAUUUAAAAGUGAAGUUUGCAAGUAUUAGAAAAAAAUUCUCCACGUGAAUUUUGUAAAAAUUUUGUAAAUACCCAAUCAGCAUGUAACGCGCUGAAGGUCAUUAUUGCGGUUUACAACAGAAGAACGAGGAAUGGUUGAGAUCAAAUUCCAUUUGCGCGUAUGUGUAGUGAAUUUCCAUUCAUUCAUAGUUUUUGUGGGUAAUUUUUCUGUGUGGAGACCAGAGCAUAAGCCCUAAACCAUAAAAGUAAUUUGAAAUUUCCUUUUCGUUGGAUGGAAUUCACUUUGCCCCUCCUCGUUCUAGAUUUUCGAACUUUAAGAAAAGUAGGCGGCUGAAAUGUUUCCCCUGUUAUUUUUAAUUAUUUUGCCCACCCCGUUAAUGAUUUGGGGUCGCUCCAAACCCGUAUUUUAUUUGCAUGCAUUAAAAAACCAUCCGUCUAUUCUUUUCCCGCGCCUAUCCGAAUACACAAAACAAACUAAA